GUUUGAACAAGGCGCAGCAGAUAUACUGCUAGCGAGUGAAUUGGCUAGCAGAGGUCUCGAUGUCGCAGAUGUCUCUGCAGUUAUUAAUUUCUGUCCCCCCAGUGAUGUAGAGCGCUAUGUACACUGUGUGGGGAGGACAGCCCGAAUGGGGCGUCACGGUGUAGCGAUAACAAUAUACAACAGAGACACCUCAGAGCGUCUAGCUGUUAAGAGACUCCUUGCUGCAGUAGGAGGAAGAAACAAACAGCAGCAGCAGCAGCAGCAGCAGCAGCAUAAGGGGCAGCAGCAGGUGCUGCGGAGGAGGAUAGACAGCGCUAAGCUGGAAGUCAUUGCUAAGGAACUGCGGGGCCUAGAGGGGGCGCUUCAGAAGAAGAGACAAGAGGAGACACUCGAGAGAGAAAUGCGGCUGGCUCAGAUGUUCUUAGCUAAGGCCCACAACAUUGAACAACAUGCAGGUAAGAGCAGCAGCAGCAGCAGCAGCAGCAGCACGAGCAGCAGCAGCACGAGUAGCAGCAGCACAAGCAGCUGCAGCACGAGUAGGCAUCAGGACCAGUAUGAGAUUUACUCGCGGCCUCAACGCGAAUGGUUUGAGAGCAAAAGAGAUAAAAGGAGACUGCAGGAAGCGUCACGCGAGGAGGCGGAAGCAAGGGCUCUAGUCAACAGCAGCAGCAGCAGCAGCAGCAGCACGGAGGCAGCAGCAAACAAGAACCAGAAGCAUAAGCAACAGCAGCAGCAGCAGGAAGAGACAACCGAGUCAGGCAGCAGCGAUGCAACUGGCAGCAGCUCCGAAGAAGAAGACGAAGAAAGCAGUGAAGGUACAGCCACUGCAACAGCAGCAGCAGCAGCCAGAUCAGCAGCAGCAGCAGCAGCAGCAGCAGCCAGAUCAGCAGCAGCAGCAGCAGCAGCGACCUUUGUGUGUGUUGCUGCUUGUGCUGCAGAGCUGCCCGACUGGGUAACUGCUGAGGCUGAUGGCAGCAGCGAGACAGAAGAAGAGGAUGCAUUUGCUUCUUCUUCUUCGUCAGCAGCAGCAGCAAAGAUUAAGUUUAAGGAGUUAAGGGCUACAAAGGAACAGAAGGCGAAGCUGCAGCAGCAGCUGCAGCAGCAGAAGCAGCAGCACUGGAAGAAAGAGAAGCGCCCGCCUUUGACUGCUAAGCAAAAGGAGAGGAUGCAAGAGUACCGUGUGGCGAAGGCAGCGGCUCGUUCUCGAAAGAAGAGUGCAAGGCCUCAGCGGAUACGAAUGGAUCGUGAGAAUGAAGAGGAGGGGAGCGGAGCCCUUGGAAGGCGAAGACAGCAGCAGAAACAGCGUAGGAAAAGAAAGAGACCCACAGCAGACACCAGCAGCAGCAGCAGCAGCAGCAGCAGCAAUAAGCGGCACAAAACAGAUAGUAAUGGUGCUGCUGCAAGGAAGAGAAGGGGCGCCCCUCCAGGCCGCAGCAGUUUUAAAUCGAAGAAGAAGUACAAACGCAGGUAG